CAACAAAAUUAACUUCAAUUUCUCACAUAAUUAUGACAUUUAUACUUAUAAUACGUGUAUUUGUGGCGAAAACUUAAUUUUAAAAAGUUUUAUUCAUAUAAUUAAUAUAAUUUAUUAACUAAUAAGAGUUACUAAUAAUUAAUAUUAAUUACGACUAAUUAAUAAAAAAUGCAUUUAAUUGUGGUGAAGGAGACUAACCAGGAUAGCGGCGACACUAUCGACUCGCCGUCCACUACCCCUCCCCACCACCACCGCCAGCACUCGAGUGGAUGCCCGGGAACUCCGCUCGAGUUUAGUGUGGAGUGCGGGUGCGGUCGUAAAAUAUCUGAUGGCAGUUACCCCACGCUCGCCACUGGGCUACCGGUGCCUUACCCGGUGUAUAAAAAGCACCACGCUAAAUCGUUGCCCGAAAUGAUCCCGGCGUUCGGUAUAAUGAUGUCAAUACUGAGUGUCAUUGCCUUUUCCGUCGCCUCCGUGAUCGUCAAAAUCAUAACCGAUUUGCAUUCACUACAAGUGCUGUUUAUUAGGUGUACCUUCCAACUCAUAUUCUACAUCGUACCGGUCAUAUACCACAGGCACAACGUAUUCGGUGUGCCGGGUCAUCGGAUAGACUUAUUCCUACGAGCGAUAUGCGGCACCAGCGCCGCCAUAUUCAUAUACCAGGCCUACCGUCUCAUACCGCUAGGGGACGCCACUACCAUCCAGUUCUCAUCGCCCGUAAUCGUCAUAUUCCUGGCGGUGUUCAUACUCAAGGAACCCCUAACGUGGCUACAGGGGUGCACCGGUAUCAUCACAUUUGUCGGCGUAAUAGUCAUUGCUAAACCGGAGUUCAUAUUUGGCACCGACACCUACGCCACUAAUGAUCGUACCCAAGGGUUAAUUUUCUCGGUGGUGGCAGCACUGAGCACCGCCUCAGUUAUGUUAAUAUUGCGUAAAUUAAGGACUACCCCGUUACCAGUAGUUAUUAUAUGGUUUUCCGGGGUAGCCAUGGCGGCCAGUUUGACCACGGUGCUUAUAGUGGAUAAAUGGGUGUGGCCACGUGGGUGGUAUCAAUAUGGUCUGCUAGUUGGAAUAGGUAUCCUGGGUAUCGCCGACCAGUUUUUCAUGACAAUAGCCCUGCACUACGAGUCCGCGGGCCCGGUAGCCAUCACUCGCACCCUAAACAUAGUGCUUGCGUUUGUGUGGGACGUCCUACUACUGGACGAGGAGUCCGACUGGACUAGUAUUGUGGGCGCAGUGUUGGUCACCGUAUGUAUAGCGUUGUUAGGUGUGUCCAAAUGGCGUCAGGAAAAGCCGGACCAGUUUGACAGGUGUAGGCGCCGACUGUGUUGUUGCUGUAUUCAGGACUCGGUGGACAUGUAUGCCGUGGAUGAGGAACAGGAUGUACUGAUCAUUAGGAAACAGUCGACGACAGCCUUUUACGAUAGUAUCGACGAUAAGGGACUGACUACCGGCCCCAUACAUACCAAACCCAUGUCCAGGAAUGAGAGCUUCACGGGAGGGGCAGUACAGGCGAAUAAGGAGGUGGUGGUGGUCGAGAAAAAUAGUUGA